UUAUAAUAUCGGAAUGGGGGAGUAGGAGGAAGGGAAGAAGAAGAAAAGGGUAGUAGUCGAAUCGCUGGCAUGGUUAACGGAGUCAUCGAUUAUGCCGAAGAAACACCGCGCCAUCUCCGGCGUCGGCGCUUCAUCGAUCCUCGAUCUCAAAGAUCAAUUAUAUAAGUCACAGGAAGAGUCCAAACGAUCCAAGGCUCAGCCCGAUCAAAUCGAAUAUCAACGUGCCAAGAAGAUAAUUGGCCCUCGCGAUCCUCUCUCUCAAAAGAACUCCGGCGUCGAAGCUCGAGCUCACAAAGACAAACUUGAGCUGAAAGCAGUAAAAGAUGGAUCUGUCAGCUACGCUGCUUUAGAAAGAAAAGCUGAGUUGUAUGAUAAACUAAAACGAGGAGAGAUUCCAGAUGAAGAAAAUAACGAGAAGUAUUGUGUUGAUUUUUUCCAGAAGAGUCUUACAGAGGACAUAACUAAUGAACCACGAAAACGAGAAGAUGGUGAUAUUGAAGUUCUAAAUCUGCAAAAUACAAAACCAGCCACACUUGGGCGGGCAGAAAGCACACUAGAUAACAAUGAGCAUAUUCGAUUUGUGAGGGAAGUUAAUGAAGAAACAAAUGAAGCUAGGCACAAAACAACUGAACUCAAGCUACGUAGACAAGAACAAGUUGCAGCUCAUAGGGAGAAGUUGAAACAAGCCUAUCUUCGAAAGAAGCUGGAAAAACUAAGAGCUUCUUCACAAUCCGGGCAGACGUGAAGUGUAGAUUAAAGAAAAUGGCGAAUACAGAGGUUUCAACCAUUAAUGCUCUGCUUCAGCUGCAGCUGGAUCAACAGAAGAUACACAAAUCUGAAGAAAAAAACCAAGAGGAUGAAGAAGAAGAUGAUGAAUUUAUUUCACUAUCUGGGGAGGUUGAAAAUAGCAUUAAGAAACUAAUGAUUUUUUUUGCUCGUCUGUUUGUUGAUUAUACCCUUCAAUUGUGUUGUAGAUUAUAUCUUGAACUCGA